GAUUGUUAGAGAGAUUUAAAGACUGCCACCCCCGAAUAAUUCACGGAUUACGAAGAUCGGCAGUUCGGGUCUCUGUACCUGUGUUUGGGCUCCAGUUUAAAUCAAGCGUAGGGUUUGGGCAAUGAUUUGAUCCCUCCCAACCCUUCCCCAAUCCCCGCCCCCCCGGGGCGCUGCCGGAUCGUCGUUCUCCAAGUGACCGCUCGAGAUCGGGAACCUGCACAUCACGAGAGAUCGUCGCGUCCUCGGAUGCGCUCCAUGGUCGAUUCCACCGCGGAAGGUUUGAGUGUGAUAUUCACAAGUCAGUAGAAGCAAUAAUCCAUUUCAAAUGGGUGCUCCCAAGCAAAAAUGGACGCCAGAUGAAGAAGCUGCACUUAAGGCUGGAGUUCUUAAGCAUGGGCCUGGCAAAUGGCGCACGAUUUUGAAAGAUCCAGAAUUUAGUGGCGUAUUAUGCAUGCGAUCUAAUGUUGAUCUCAAGGACAAGUGGCGAAACAUGAGUGUGACUGCAUAUGGAUGGGGAUCUCGAGAGAGAGCUAGGAUAGCCUUGAAAAAGAGCCGACAGAUCUCCAAGCAUGAUGGCACACCAAUGUCCAUCAGCACUGUAGUUAAGGAUAUCGACAAUGAAAUUGUUGAUGUCAAGCCUCUUGCCAUGUCUAGUGAACCUCUUCAAAUUACUGGUCAAAAGAGAACUAUCUCUAGGUUUGACGAUCUCAUAUUGGAAGCUAUAUCCAAUUUGAAGGAACCCACUGGUUCUAACAAGACAGCUAUUGCCUUGUAUAUAGAGGAUCACUACUGGCCUCCUACAGAUUCUAAACAGUUGUUAUCAGCAAAAUUGAAGGCUUUGACUGCAUGUGGGAGAUUGAUUAAGGUGAAGCGCAAGUAUAGAAUAGCACCAACUUCAGCUUUUUCAGAAGAGAAAAGCUCCAAAUUUCUUCUUCUUGAGGGAAGACAGAAGGAACCAAGAGUUGAUAUCAAAUCCCUCUCGAAAUCUCAAGUAGAUUCUGAAUUAACACGGAUGCGAAAUAUGACAGCUCAGGAGGCUGCAGCUUUUGCUGCUCAAGCAGUUGCAGAAGCAGAAGCAGCCAUGGCAGAAGCUGAACAAGCUGCAAGAGAGGCAGAGAUUGCUGAAGCUGAUGCAGAAGCAGCUCAAGCAUUUGCUGAGGCUGCAAUGUUAACACUGAAAAAUAGAAAUGCUACUAAACGGAUGAUUCGAGUUUAAUAGGAGAACGUUAGCUCUCUCUCCCUCCAACUUGGGUACACGCCUCAUGGUGGUUUUGUCAUACGUGUAGAUAUAGUUCAGGUUUUGUAUAGCUCGUAUACUGAUGAUCUAUUAUGUUCAUCACCCUAGAGGCCUUGUGUCUCUCAUGGCCAACCUUGGAAGUUGCCUUUUCUUCAUUUGUUCCACAUCUGCAUUUCAUGUAACAAUUUCUGGUUGACAUGCUACGGAAAGUAACAAAAGUGGGACUGCUUGGGCAGCUGGAACUUGGUGUCA